CAUCCACUUUGCCAACAGUCCGCUAAAUCCAACCCUACAACUCAUUUUGCUGUGUCAAAUAUUCAUUCUCUGCUUCUUCCUAACUAUUCCAAGAAGCGAUAUGUGUUACUAAACUCUGCACCCUGCAUCCACUAUAUCUGGUCUCCCCCCGACCCUGCAUUCACUAUAUCUGGUCUCCCCGGACCCUGCAUUCACUAUAUCUGGUCUCCCAGGACCCUGCACUCACUAUAUCUGGUCUCCCCGGUCCCUGCAUUCACUAUAUCCGGUCUCCCAGGACCCUGCAUUCACUAUAUCCGGUCUCCCAGGACCCUGCAUUCACUAUAUCUGGUCUCCCAGGACCCUGCACUCACUAUAUCUGGUCUCCCCGGACCCUGCAUUCACUAUAUCCGGUCUCCCAGGACCCUGCAUUCACUAUAUCCGGUCUCCCAGGACCCUGCAUUCACUAUAUCUGGUCUCCCAGGACCCUUCAUUCACUAUAUCUGGUCUCCCAGGACCAUGCAUUCACUAUAUCUGGUCUCC